AGAAGUCUGGGAGGCGGCAGUGAUGGCGGCGGCGGGAACCGGACCCGGACCCGGAGUGGGUACAGGACCCAGCCCCGCGGCGGCCGCAAAUGCAACAGCGGCGGAGGAAGGAGAGCCGAAGCCGGUGGUAGCGGUAGCAGCCGCUCUGGCCGGAGAGGGAACAUCUGCUGCUCCAGCAGCAGAGCCCGGUUGCGGAGAGGCCGAAAGCGGGGAUGCAAACUCCGUUGAUGUAAGUGGUGGUUUGGAGACAGAAUCCUCUAAUGGAAAAGAUACACUAGAAGGUGCUGGGGAUACUUCAGAGGUGAUGGACACUCAGGCGGGCUCUGUGGAUGAAGAGAACGGCCGACAGUUGGGAGAGGUAGAGCUGCAGUGUGGGAUAUGUACAAAAUGGUUCACAGCAGACACCUUUGGCAUAGAUACCUCAUCCUGCCUACCUUUCAUGACCAACUACAGUUUUCACUGCAAUGUGUGCCAUCAUAGUGGGAAUACCUAUUUCCUCCGGAAGCAAGCAAACUUGAAGGAAAUGUGCCUUAGUGCUUUGGCCAACCUAACGUGGCAGUCCCGAACACAGGAUGAACAUCCAAAAACCAUGUUCUCCAAAGAUAAGGAUAUCAUACCCUUUAUUGAUAAACACUGGGAGUGCAUGACGACCAGACAGAGACCUGGAAAAAUGACUUGGCCAAAUAACAUUGUUAAAACGAUGAGUAAAGAAAGAGAUGUAUUCUUGGUAAAGGAACACCCUGAUCCAGGGAGUAAGGACCCAGAAGAAGAUUACCCCAAAUUUGGACUUCUGGAUCAGGAUCUUAGUAACAUUGGUCCUGCUUAUGACAAUCAAAAACAAAGCAGUGUUGUGUCUACCAGUGGGAAUCUAAAUGGGGGAAUUGCAGCAGGAAGCAGUGGAAAAGGAAGAGGAGCUAAGCGCAAACAGCAGGAUGGAGGGACCACAGGGACCACCAAGAAGGCCCGGAGUGACCCUUUGUUUUCUGCUCAGCGCCUUCCCCCACAUGGCUACCCGUUGGAACACCCGUUUAAUAAAGAUGGCUAUCGGUAUAUUCUCGCUGAGCCUGAUCCCCAUGCCCCUGAUCCUGAGAAGCUUGAACUUGACUGCUGGGCAGGAAAGCCUAUUCCUGGAGACCUCUACAGAGCCUGCUUGUAUGAACGGGUUUUGUUAGCCUUACAUGAUCGAGCUCCCCAGUUAAAGAUCUCUGAUGACCGGCUGACCGUGGUUGGAGAGAAGGGCUACUCCAUGGUUCGGGCUUCUCAUGGGGUACGGAAAGGUGCCUGGUACUUCGAAAUCACAGUGGAUGAGAUGCCGCCGGACACUGCUGCCAGACUGGGUUGGUCCCAGCCGUUAGGUAACCUUCAAGCUCCCUUAGGUUAUGAUAAAUUUAGCUAUUCUUGGCGGAGCAAAAAGGGAACCAAGUUCCACCAGUCCAUUGGCAAACACUACUCUUCUGGCUAUGGACAGGGAGACGUCCUGGGAUUUUAUAUCAAUCUUCCUGAAGAUACAGAGACAGCCAAGUCACUACCCGAUACUUAUAAAGAUAAGGCUUUGAUAAAGUUCAAGAGUUAUUUGUAUUUUGAGGAAAAAGACUUUGUGGAUAAAGCAGAGAAGAGCCUAAAGCAGACUCCCCAUAGUGAGAUAAUAUUUUAUAAAAAUGGUGUCAAUCAAGGUGUGGCUUACAAAGAUAUUUUUGAGGGGGUUUACUUUCCAGCCAUCUCACUGUACAAGAGCUGCACGGUUUCCAUUAACUUUGGACCGUGCUUCAAGUAUCCUCCAAAGGAUCUCACUUAUCGCCCUAUGAGUGACAUGGGCUGGGGUGCUGUGGUAGAACAUACUCUGGCUGAUGUCUUAUAUCAUGUGGAAACAGAAGUGGAUGGGAGGCGGAGUCCCCCAUGGGAACCCUGACCAGGUUGCAGUUGGUGUCACCUUUCUUGGUGACAGUGUCAGAAAUGUGGGCAAUCUGAGGACAGGGAGCCAGCAUUGGAGGAAAGAGACAGAGUUCUGACUCAUAUCUCAACCCCUCUCCUAUUGCUUCCAUUGUCUCCAGCCAACUCAACCACCCUCAUUAUCCUGUGAAGAUCGGACUCUCAAGGAGGUGAACAGGAGUUUAAGAGUCUCCCUCCUGCUUUUCCUUUGAAUAUGUGUGUUGAUAUGUGCAGGUUGUUUUCCUGCCUUGCUUAUCUUCCUUUGUAAUAGCUGAUGAUUAAAGCGCAGUUUUCAGAAUACUCAAAACUGGGAUGUGAUAAUGAGCCUUCCCUUGAGAUCUCUUUGUGGCUUCCGUAUCUCCCUUUUUAAUACAUCAGUGGCUGUGCCGCCCUCCCAGGAUCGCCCCAGAGACUUCCCUGCAUAUAACUUUCUGCCUAGGUUAAUAGGUAGAGUGGUUCACCUCGAGGUAGGUUAAAUGUUGCCAAGAAUCACCAUAUAUUAUGUGUGUUUAAGAAAUUUCCCAAAUUUAAAGUGACUAUUGGUAUCUUAACACAGUAGCUUUGACUAAUAUAUUUGUCUCCUAAUGAAUCACCCAGGUUCUUUGUUUUGGCCAUUCCACAUCUCUUAACAGGAAAUCUAACAGAAUCAGUAUGAUCGUAGGCUGAAGUCUCUACCUGUCACCCCUGGACGCCUAUUCAUUCGUUUCUGGUCUUAAAGGGCAGACUUGGUUAUAAAGCUUUUGGAUCAUCAGAGUUUGAAGAACUCUAAGAAAAUGAGGGUGGUGUUAUUUAGAGGAAGCUGGAGGUAAAUUCUUUGUAAUAUAAAUUACCACAUAUGUAAGUUGUACACCCACUCUUCAUUUGAAUGAUAAAAUUAGGUUUUUGUACAUUUGGCUUUCAUAAAUCAGAAGUUACAGAAAUAAUGAUUUUGCCUCUUUAUACUUCAUAUUCGAAGUGUGUGUGUAUUUUGAGAAGGUUCAUUUGAAGGGCUCAAAGAAUACCCACUCUUCAUACAGUCCUGUAUAAAAUGGUUUCUUUAGGCAGAUCAUCACUGGCAACUUAUUUUGUUCCAAUGUGAAAUUAAAUAAGUGGGACAACAUCUCCCCAGUCACCUCAAAGACAGUUGUGUAGUUUGAAGAAGGCAAAUUAUAAUCGAGCUCAAAACCAUAGUGUGUGUUGAAAACCCAUUUCUUUACUAUCAGCCUGUUCUCUUGAAACCAGA